AUGCUGUGCACGGCGAAGCUUCUGCAAACCAUGGGAGGCACGAUGCAGAUUCUCUCCUCGCCUUCUCGCGGGAUGUUGGUGUCUUUCCAAAUUCGGACUCGUGCACGCUUCCGCCUUCUCGAUUUCCAAAAGGACUUCCGCGCGUCCUUCUCUCAACAGCGGCGACAACGCAUCAUCUCCCUAGGACUCGCCCCUGAGACCUCUCGAGCUCUCCAGUUCCUCUGCAAGGACGUCGGGAUCCAGUUCACCGCCUGCUAUUGUCUGAGGCACUUGCGGGAGUCGCUUGCGACUGAGACAAAAACCUUUUCGCUGGCCUUUGUUUUGGGAGACUUCGUCACCAUUUCUGCAAAUGCGGCGGAUCCAGCGUCGCGGCCUCUCACGUCUGCGGAGAUUUUCAGAGAAGCUCAGGAGGCCGCCGCCCUCCGCCCGCCUCCAGGGUGUUGUCUUCCCUUGGUAAAAGUUUUCGUCUCAUCUCGAGGCGAUCGGAGCUCUCAAGAUGGCGACGAAAAAGGGGAAUCUCGUCAACACCCUCUCCCUGACGAUGUUACCAAACUCUCGGUGCCGGUCAGAACGGAUGCCCUCAUUCAAAUCCUUGCACGCGCGCUGGACUCUGUCGAGGGAUGCAAGUCCGCGGACGACUCGAGCCAAGAAGAGAGCGAGAUCGAACCGGAAGUUCCGUUCAUGCCAGGGGAACUCGUGUACGCGUCGCCGCGCUCGGAAGGAGGCAAACUGGCGGCGGGGCCUGGCCGCAAAUCUUUGUUGGUCUCGUGCGAGAGAUCGGAGGCGAACGAAGCUUCGGGAAAAGGCGGCGACAGUUCUCCGCAGAAGAAAAAGAGAAACACCUUCAGGAUUUCAGUGGCUCGUCGGCGCACCCUGAGAGCCUCCGCCUCGCCGCAUUCGCAGCGGGAGUCGUCGGUGACCAGCGAAGCCGGGCGCCACAGAAACCUGCUUUCCUCGGUCUUCAGAGGCAAAGACAGUCCACCCAGACGGAGCAGCAGAGACACAAACGACAAAGCCAGCCUCAGCGACGACUCCAAGGACAAAGACGGAAGCGACGACGAGCCUGUCGAGCUGUUUCCGUUGCACAACGAAACUUUACAGCCUCUCUUCCCGGGAGGGGACCAGAUCCCCGAGCCGCUGCUCUUCGACGUCAACUCGGUCGUUCAGGCUGUAAAUCAAGUCGGCCUUUCGCGUCCGGCGGAGCAACUCGCUGCGGCCAUCGCUCAGACGCCCUUCCAGAAGGACCUGGACGCGUCAGCGAAGUUUAUCGAUGCCUUGGAUAGUUCGCUGGCGCUGCUUCGCUAUUACCAAACCUUGCCAGGCCGCGACGGGUCUCUGCAGAAGCGACGAAGAUCGCGACGUAUGACGGAUCUGGAUCCUCAGGGAACGGAUCGAACGUGGCGGCCGGAGUCGAAGCGCAAAGAUCCCCUAGCCAUGAUGCAGUCGUUGUCUGCUCUCCAAGUGAAAGUUCCAGCCGAGCCAGAAGUCCAGGCUUUCUUCAACCUCGCGUCUUCUACUCUGAGUGUCGAGGACCCCAUCAGCAUUCACCAGGUGCUCAACUGGGAUUUUCAUGUUCUGAGUCUCACGCCCUCCACCGCCACGCGCAUCGCCAGAGACCUUCUUCACCAUUUUGCCGCGACGGCUCAGGUGGAGAUUCCUGGAGAGAUUCUCAUGGGCUUUGCCGUUGCUCUCUAUAUAAACUACGAACAGAAUCCGUACCACAAUUUCUUUCAUGCCCUCAAUGUCGCCCAAGUCUGCUGCCUGCUCAUGGCCCUGCCAGACGUCGCGGCUCGGUUCCAACCUCUGGACUACUUUGUGCUCUCCGUCGCUGCUUUGGGCCAUGACCUAGGCCACCCAGGCGCGAACAAUCUCUUCGUCAAUCGAAACGACUGCUUGCCCUCUCGUCUCUACCAGAACCGGUCUGUUCUCGAAAACUACCACGCGGCUCUACUUUUCCAAAUUCUCCGGCACCCCCGGUUUAACGUAUUCUGCUCCAUUCCGCCUCAAGCCUUCUCGGCUUGCCGACAGCGCAUCAUCAGCGCGAUUCUGUGGACCGACAUGGCAAAGCAUUUCGACAUGGUCGCGCAACUCAAGGCGAAAAUCGAGGACGAAAUGGUGUUGACCGAAGGCAUCAUUAUCACGCUGCAAAAGCCGUAUCUGGAGGGGCUGCUCCUCCACGCCUCCGACAUCUCAAAUCCCUUGCUCAGUUUCGAUCUCUCCUUCGACUGGGCUGUCAGAGCCUGCGACGAAUUCUUUCAGCAGAACAAACUCGAAGAGAAGCUCGGCCAGCCGCCGCACAUGCCUACCUUCGCGGCAUUCGACCUCUACAACGUCGCAAAAUGCCAAGUGAAUUUCAUAGAUUUUAUUUGUCGCCCCCUCUUCGGUAGCCUCGCGCAGAUGUUCCCGGCCCAGCUUGGAGACCGAGCUGCGGAGCUCCGAAAGAACAGAAACAAAUGGAAAUCCAUCAUCGAUGGGCAUGAACGUCGGUAG